CAUCAGUGGAGUUCUUGGAAGAUCUUUAAGAAGAGAGGUUCUCAUUUUAGUCACCUUUGAAAUGAAUUGUGACAUGCAUAAAGGAAGAAGGGGUUGCAUUAUCUGGGGUCUUGUGCAAUUUCUAUAGAAAAUCCACAUGAAGUGAAGUUGCCCAAAACAUGAACGGUCACAGUCCAAAGAACGGGACAGCAUCAAUCCCAUGGAGAAGAAACAGUAGGAAACGAUCACUGCUUGACCACCUUCGAAGCUGUCAGAAAGCCUGGUGCCCUGCUGUACCCUGGGACCGUGCUCAGGCACAUUCCGCCCUCUCUGGGACGCCUGCUGGGAGUUUUGUGGUUGUGAGGGAUUGUGUGACAUCUCUGCCCAGUUUGCUGUGUGUAUCUGCGGGAAGAGAAAAUGAAGCAGUUCUUGAAUAUAAUAUCUCAUGUACAGCCACAGUUUUUCAGCUGUCGAAGUCUCGUCUUUCUUUCUCCGACUUGGCUCAGUUGGUGUUCUUCUAUUCUUUGACCAGAGAUGUGUUGGACCUCUGUCUAAGAAUUCCUCGUUGGAUGGACAAUGUAACCGAGAGCACUAAAGAUUAUCUUCCUCAGCUUGAACCUCAGACCUGGCUCAGCGCACCGCCUGAACAAAUGACUGAUGAAAAGUUUCACAUGGAGCCAAAUAUUGUUGUCUGUUCUAUACAGUUGACCUCGGCGAACGGGGCCUUGUGUGUCAUCAACCCGCUCUAUCUUCAUGAACACGGUGAUGACUGGCUUUCACAUCAGUCGACUGGUCUGCAGUCCACCACACAGAUGUCUAAUUUUAGACGAGAACGGCGUCUCAGUUCCACUCGAACAUGGGCUGGAGCGGGCCUGAUGAACAAACGAGCCAUUUCUUUGGACCAGGAACCUUUUCAGUCCAGCACUGAGUGCUCAGGAUUAAUCAGAGCCAAAUCAGAAGAGUCUCCCCCAUCAAUGUCAUCUAUCCAAGGAGGGGUUGUGCUACGGCGCUCUAGUCAAAGUUCAUCUAGCUCAUCUAGCCUGUCCACAAGGGGGAGCACAGGGAGCUUACCUCCUUUUACCGAGUUACAAAACCGUGGCUCUCUUCAGACCCCUCAUAGAGUGUCCUGGAUAGAGGAUGGAUUUUGGCAGCCUCCGGCCCAGAGGCCAUCAUCCCUACUUCAGCCUCCUUCACCUGAGCUCGACUCACUGUCAAUCAGCAGCAUUGAAGAAGACCAGGUAGAUCAACUACAAUGCUCCGUGGCGCACCACCCAUCGGCACAACGGUUGGCCGACAAAGUCUUAAAUCGCCUCUCAGCCGUGGGCCAGGCUCUCGGCAGCUUGGUGUCUCAGAAAAAAAGGCUGAUCAAUCGUGUGCUAGAUCUGAGCGAGAGGAAACGUAGCAUAUUUGGAGAUGCUGUUAGAGAAUUUGUGGCGGUGACGAUGCAGAGUGAUUGUUCAACGGGGUCAGAGUUCUUACAGGAAAUAAGGUCAUCGCUUACGUCACUGAGGGAGACACUGUUGGACUACUAUGAUAUCCAGGCAAUGCUGGACAGUAUGACUGACCUUUCUGACUCAGAGAUAGACUCUCUGGUAGAGAGAUCAGUGCAUAAGGUGGCCCUAAAACCUGUGUCGGCUCACAUAUACUCUUGCAUUCAUAUCUGGCGCACCAAUGAUGGCAGCCUACAAAGACUAAAAAACAACCAGCGUGUUCUGGAAGACAGCAGUGUGGAAGCAUUAGGAGGCGUAGCUGGAGUUGGAGUCCCUGACUUGGUCACCCUUGAACGGAUUCAGCAAAGGUGGAUGAGUAUGCAUAAGGCCUACUCCCCAAACAAGAAGGUCCAUAUCCUGCUCAAAAACUGCAAGAGCAUCUACCACAGUAUGAGUAACAAUGCUAGCUCAGAUGUAGUGUUUGGAGCUGAUGAUUUCCUGCCUUGCUUGACAUGGGUCAUUUUGCGUAGUGAACUGGUCACCUUGCAGCUAGACACUGACUACAUGAUGGAGCUGCUGGAUCCAACACAGCUGCAGGGAGAAGGUGGCUACUACCUCACAACCCUAUAUGCCGCUCUUUAUUACAUCACUAGCUUCCAGCCACGCUUGGCUGCACGUCAACUGAGUGUUGAAGCCCAACACUCUCUUAGCCAAUGGCAUCGCAGGCGGACCCUGCACAGCAACCAAUCUCGUCACAAUAUGCGCCGACGGACCAUUCGGAGACAGACGUGUCCUGAAAAGUCAGUGCAAGCAUGGGAGACAGAGUGUAGGGAUGGAGAAGAAAGUAUGAAAUACGAGCCACAGCUGGAGACAAAAAGCAGCACAGAGGCUGAAGGUGGACACACUGAGCUGCAGGAUUGAGAUGAGGACAUCUAUAGCUGCUACUAAAAUACAAAUGUAGCUUGUUCAGCUUGGUUGACGUCAUCCACUGAAAUGCAACACAUUAUGAAAUUACAAAUCUAGUGUAGGCUAUAUUACAAUCCAUCGAUACAAACUUAAUUUAUCUGUCAAACAGUGUUUCGAAAAAGUAUCUGAACCUUUUGGAAUUUCUCAUAUUUCAUAUUUCUCAUAUGAAAUGUGAUCUGAUCUUUGUCAAAAUCACACUGAUGAAAAUACAGUGUCUGCUUUAACUAAAACCACUCAAACAUUUAUAGUUUUUCAUAUUUUAAUGAGGAUAGCAUGCAAACAGAGAGAAUGGGGGGAUCGUUGAUUUAUGUAAAUACCUUCACCGUGAGGAGUUGAACCUGGUUCAUAUCAUAUUGGUCAUUUUGUAAAAUGUAAUGUGUUAAUAUGUGAUACAAAAGUACUCUCGAUUGAGUUCAACCGUGUCUCUCGGAGUUCUGUUGGGAGAGCUCAGGGAAUAUUGCGCUCUGUACACCCUGAUAGAAGCUGCCCUUUUUUCGAUUAUUCUGUUCCUAAUUCUUAUGGACAAAAUCGAGGCAUUUUGUGAGUACAGUUUGGUGGCCUCAGAACUCCAUCUUUGCAACUUGGGAUCUCCCUGGAAGAACUGGAUGAAAUAGCUGUGAAAAGGGAAGUUUAGGCUUCCCUGGAUGGAUGGACGGAUGGACCCAAGGCAAAAUUGAAUGCAUUUUUUUUCCCUUGGUCAUCUUUAAGAAAAGUCUUAAAUUUUCCGCUUUUUCUCCUUUUUCUCACAUUUUCUCACUCACUCACUCACUCACUCACUCACUCACUCACUCACUCACUCACUCACUCACUCACUCACUCAUUCACUAUCCAGCGUUGUGUGUGUCGCUCGCUGACUGUGCUGCCUCCACGGUUAACUGUUUCCUGGUUUUUCUGUCCUCUGCCUGUCUAAAAGUUUCCUGUAUUGUGCUGUUACUCAAUUUCUUGAUGUUGUCAAUGUAGGCCCUUCUUGGUCAUGCCGUUUUACGUCAACCCUCUACCUUUCAUUGGAGUAUGUCUCUCGUCAUGCUGCACUUUCUAUUCCGAAAAAGUGUUUCGGUAGAUAUUUUUUUUGUGUGUGUGUUGAAAAUAAAACCUAUUGAAACAAUAGCGCAUUUAACUUUGAGUAUAAAAUAUAUAUGUGGAAAAA